UCUUCACUUCGGAAGUUGAUCAUGACGACAGCAAAGCUGCUGCAUCUCGUUGCUGCUGCAUUUUUAGUAAGUGUUGUUUUCCAUUCCAGGGAAAGUUCUGCGGAGCCUCUUUGCACGGUAAAGUUGAACGAUCGUAGCGCCGGAUUUGGAAUAUUGAACCACACAUUCAACGAGGUGCCUUUUUGUGCUUUUUUGGGUGUCCGAUAUGCGGAACCACCGGUGGGAGCUUUGCGAUUCAAGGAUGCAGUAUUAUUUCAACCAAGUUUGGAUCAGAACUACACUUCUCUCGGAUCGAUAUGUCCCCAGGAAGAUAAUUAUCGAGAGCCCAAAGACGUUUUGGGAGAUGAAGAUUGUCUUGUUAUGAAUAUUUACUCUCCCAUGUCACCAAACAGCAUUGGAAGCACCAAUAACAAGUAUCCCGUAAUAGUAUUCAUUCACGGAGGAUCAUUCAUGACAGGUUCUUCUUCUGCAAACGUUGGUUAUGGUGUUGAUUUGCUUAUUGAACAGGGUCUCCUAAUAGUGAGCAUAAACUAUCGUCUCUCUGCACUUGGAUUUUUGUAUUACCCGGAGUUCAAUGUAAAAGGAAAUUUCGGUCUCAAGGAUCAAACGACAGCUUUGCGGUGGAUUCAGAUGCAUAUUCAUGCUUUCGGAGGAGAUCCUCAAAGGGUUACCCUGAUGGGUCAGAGUGCUGGUUCAGCAUCCGUGUCCUAUCACCUGUACAUGGAGGCAUCACGUGGUCUCUUCCAUGGUGUCAUCUUGCUUAGUGGCUCGAUGCUUAGCCCAUGGGCAUUUCUGUAUGGUCAAUCUUACUUCACAGAUAAUCUCAUAAAAAAACUGAACAUUUCAUCUCUAAGGGAUCUUCAAAAUGUUGAUGUCAAAAGCUUUUUUAUGCAUGAUUUCAACGUUUUUGAAUCUUUCAGUAUGUAUCAUCCAAGCUUUAUACCCACGUUUGAUACUUCAACACAAACGAAAAAUUUCUUAAAAGCAUUACCCCGUGAGCUAAUUCUCGAAACCCCUUUUAACGAAGUCCCCGUCAUGGUUGGUCAAACUUCUACCGAAUUCGAGCUGGUGUUGGUAUAUGCCAAUGACAUUCAAAUGGGUUUCAAUUACCCCAACAGCAAAAAUAUGUCCCUUCAUGAGAUGAUCCGUGUCUUAAUCUACAACAAAAACGAAUCCUCUCGGGAUCCGUUUUUCUUUCGAAAGUUGGCCAAUAUGGCCAAUAUUUACUACCCAAUCAAACAACUUACCAAAGCAUUGGCCAAAAACCUGAACAAAGCUCCCGUUUUCUCCUACCGAUUCGAGUUCGAUGGAAAGUUUGGGUUCUACAAGAACCAGCACUUCAAGGAUCGAGACUUCGAAAAACGUUACGGAGCUGUUCAUGGGGAUGAUUUGGGUUAUAUUUUUUCUCCUUACAAUGUUCAAGAAGCCUUGGCUAAUCCAGAAAAUUAUGAACGAGAAUGGAAAAUGCACAUGAAGAUGGUUGGAAUGGUUUCAAACUUCGUAAAAUAUGGGGAGCCAACUCCACCUAACAUCGCUGAGCAAUAUGAAGUCAUCUGGCCACCAUACAUCGGAAGUUCGACUGACGCAAAGUAUUUAAACUUUGAUGAUACGAUCGAGGUUAGAGACGAUGCAGAUCAAAUUUCGGAGCUUUAUCAGUUUUGGAACAUGAUCUAUCGGUGUCUUUUUUACUACGAGUGUGAAGAGGUAGACGCCAGCUACCAGGAGCUAUUCAACAAAGUAGCAUAAUUUUAAUACCCCAUUUAAUGAAAAGUUUAUAUUUGAUUAAACUAAACUAAAUGCUG